AUUUCCUUUGAGCUGUCAAAUUCGGUCAUAGUCACUCAGUCUGAAUGUACAUCUGCUCCACUUGCCAGAAAGCAAGACACACCGCCAAGACUAUGAGAUUCACUUCAGUGCUUCAGCAGGGUAUUUUGAUGCAGAAGUGAAAUUUUCAUAACUUUGAGUUGCAGUGUUGGUGGAGAUGUCUGUAGGCUUGUGUUUUAUAUGAAGCAAGAAGACUGGUGUUUGUGAUCAAAGAGGAAGUGCGGGAAGAAAAAUAUGGAGGUGCACGAUAAUGUCAACUUCAUGAGACUCCUGUCAGAUGACAGCAUCCAAUCGUCUCUGUCGUCAGACUCCUGUGAGUACUAUCAGACAGAGAUAUUUGAUCUGUUGCCGAGCACCCAGGCCAGCCGGCUCAACCAGAAUACACAGAAUCUAUGGGAAGCCACCAGUGCCCACCAGGGUGGCCCAGAGCUGAGUGGGAGAGGACCCAAAGACAAGACAUCAACACAGCCACUCAGGAACCUGGUCAUGUGUAUUCAGGGGAAGAGGGAUGCCAGAGACAGGAGGAAGAUGCAAAUCAGCAAUAUUGGUUUUUGGGAGUCCUGGAGGCAGAGCCAGAGCAUCAACAGGAAAAGGGUUUGGGCACAGGUAGUAGGCACUCUAUCAGGCCUGUUGCCGUGGCAGCGCACGCUCCGUGCCAUCGAAGGCAAGUUUGGAGUUGGCGUGAAGGCUUACUUUGUCUUCCUCAGAUAUCUGGUUUACUUGAACCUGCUUCACUGUGCUUUAAUAUGGGGUUUCAUUUUGGGCCCUACAAUAUUUUAUGGCCGGAGCAACAGCAGUGAACCUUUAAGGUUUGGGGGCGAUGACAAUGUGUUGGAUUUUUUCCUGGGAUCGGGCUACCUGGAUCGUUCUCCAGUCUUUUUUGGUUACUAUACUCGCGGUUCCCUGAAUUUGCUGUGCUUGAAUACACCUCUACUGUACCUGGCUGGAAUCCUCACCAUCCUGUUCCUCAGUCUCAUCAUGGUGGUCCGCAGAACAAUAGUUGGCUACAAGCACACCUGGAUGCUCGGGAAGCGUUACAGUAUGAAUGUGAGCUAUAAGAUCUUUUGUGGUUGGGACUUCACCGUCCAGGACCCUGACUCUGCUGUUCUCAAACACAGCUUCAUCAGGAACGAUCUCAAGCUGUUCCUGGAGGAGCAGAGUUUCUCUAUGCGCAAGGCUCAGAGGACACUGCGACAGAAGGUGCGUCUCUACCUGCUUAGGUUCAUCCUCAACCUGGUUGUUCUCUCUCUGCUAGGCGGAGCUUUCAUCCUCAUCUACUUUGCCACGGAAAAAUCUGAGGCUGAGAGUCAUCACUACUGGUUGAUCAGUCUGGUCCUCCAGUACCUUCCUCCUAUCACCAUCACCUUCGUCAACCUGUUUCUUCCUCACGUGUUUCGCAAAAUCUCAUCUUUUGAGGACUACUCUUUCACCACGCAGAUCAAUGCCACACUUGUGAGGAGCAUCUUCUUGAAGCUGGCCUCACUGGGGAUCUAUUUAUUUUUCAUCUUGAACAAAACAGUAGAUCAGCAAGUGAGUUACGAGAGAGAUUUAUGUUUGAACAGACUGAGGUUCAGUGAGACUUCAGGUGCAAAGUAUUGCUGUGAAAUGUUUUUAACAGCCCCUAUUAUAUGUGUGCUUCUUUUUCAGUGCAGGGAGAACAAGUUUGGCAGAGAAAUGUACAAGUUGUGUAUCUUCAACUUCCUUACCACUUUCUGCGAUGCCUUUCUCUUGAACUACCCCAGGAAAUUAGUGCAGGAGAAGUAUCCUUUGUCCUUGUUGGCCCGAUUGUCGGGGAAACAGCGCUUCCUGAUCCCGUUCAACAUCUUGGAUCUCGUGUACAGUCAGACUGUGUCCUGGGUGGGAGUCUACUUCUGCCCUCUGCUGCCUCUGAUAGGAACUGUCACACUGAUGGCCAUCUUCUACAUCAAAAAGUUCACGGUCCUGCGGUGCUGUGUGGCAGAGCAGAGGAUGUUUCGAGCCUCCAGCUCCUCCGUUUUAUUCCACUUCAUGUUGCUGCUUGGCCUCCUCAUAGCUGGAGUCACAUUGGGCUAUAACAUCUACCAGCAAGGCAUAUCGGACAAAAACAUGUCGUCUUGUGGUCCAUUUGGAAAUGGAGAAACUGUGUUUAAUGUGACAGGAGAGUGUGUCGCCAAACUCUCAGGUCCGGCACAAACCAUUCUCGGCUACCUGGCCUCCGAGGCAUUCGCCCUGCCGCUCAUACUAGCUGAGAUCAUAAUCUUGACCUCAUAUGUGUCACGGGGAAGAGCCAAUCAGAAGGCCAUUGAGAGACUGAAAGACAUGUUGGUUAUGAGCAGCUCAGAUAAGCGUUUUCUAGUGAAACAGCAUGCCACGAUGCUCAGAAGGCAGAGAAACACCCACAGAGUUCAUCCUGCAGCCGUCAGAGAGACCUCCGCCCGUACAACUUUACUAAAGCCCCCGAGCUUGCAGACCUGUCCAUCCACCUGACCUCUGCUUGAAAAUAAAGCCUGGCUUUGGAUGACCACAGCUGGGUGGAGUCCUGACGGAUGGCUGAAAAUUGAAAUACUGAUGAAUGUCUCACUUUUCCAGCGACAUGUUGUGCAAUGACAGGAAAUACAUUUAUGACCUUUUUUAUGCAGAAGUCUUAAUUUCACCUUCAUAUCACAAAUUCCCUUCAUCUGAGCUAAUUCUGCUGUCAUUUUUUUACAGGAAUAAAUAAGAAAAAUGUUUCUGUAUCUUGAGUGAUUUUUUUAAGCUUAAUUCAUAUUAAAUCGGUAAUUUAUGUCAAGUAUUUAUCAAAGUAUUUUUACUCAGCAUUUCUACGAUGCUUAUAGUAUUUAGUUAUGUUCCAAAAUGUCACUUUACAUGUGCUCAGAAUGUGUUUUUUUUACAUAUCCUCCUCAUUAAACCUUUGGGGUUUGUA